UGAUUUAUGUUGCAGUCGUGUGCUGCAUCUGAAACUGUGAUUUUAAAUAAGAGCUGUGAUAAUAAACCAAAUUCCGCAAAUUGAAAAAUAAAUUGUGAUUGUGAAUGAUGUAAACGAUGCAAUGGACCAAGAAAAGAUAACUCUAAGACUCUUUCCAAUUUUCCAAGGCCCAUGUCCAUAAAACUGAGAGGACAGUAAAACAGACAACUAAAUUUCGAUAUCUGUAAAUUGAAGGCAAAAAACUUUAAAAUGAAGUUUACUUGUAGCCUGACAAGAACUACACUUUCUCUCUCUAAAUUUUACUGCCAACAUUUAAAGCUACUUAACAUGAAGAAAACAUGGCCAAAUAUUUUGAUUUGUCGUCAUUUUGGUCAACCGGUCGCCCAAACGCAUCCGCAUUUGAUAAAUGACGGAGAAGUUACCCCAGGGUUGACAAAAUCAGAAUUUCUGUCCCGUAGAAUAAGGCUUGUAGAGAAAGCAAGAAGGACGUUUAAAGGAGUUAAAACCGUCAAGGAUCAUAUACUGAUAAUCCCAGGAGCUUCGAAAGUUUUUAUGACAAACGAUAUACCAUACCCUUUUAGACAAAAUACAGAUUUUCUUUAUUUAUGUGGUUUUCAAGAGCCUGAUAGUGUGCUAGUUUUAAAAACUGGAAAUGAAACCAGUGAAAGAAAUCACACGUCCUGCUUGUUUGUGCCUGAGAAAGAUCCUGAAAAGGAAUUAUGGGAUGGACUACGAUCGGGUACAGGAGGCGCAUUAGAACUCACAGGCGUUGACCUGACGUAUGAUAUCAAGCUAUUUGAAGAAUUUUUAAACAAUUUUUGUAAAUUAAAUUCUGGAUUUGUUUUGUGGUAUAAUUUUCUGCGUCCAGUUAACCCAAAGAUUCAUAAUUCCGUUACUCAGGGAAUGAUGUUGGAAUCAAAAUAUAAAUGUAUGGAAGACCCAACACGCCUUUGUCAACAAUUGAGAGUGAUAAAAUCUCCAGCAGAAAUAGAAUUAAUGACGCAAUCUGUGGAAACGGCAUCUCAGGCUUUUAUUGAUGUUAUGAAGUUCUCCUCCCCAGAGGUAAAUGAAUCAGCUUUAUAUGCUAAAAUGGAUUAUGAGUGUCGGAUCAGAGAGGCUGAAUUUUUAGCUUACCCACCUGUUGUUGCUGGAGGUCAAAGGGCAAAUAUUAUUCAUUAUAUCAACAACAAUCAGCAGAUUAAAGGUGGUGAAAUGGUGCUAAUGGAUGCUGGCUGUGAAUAUCAUGGAUAUACUAGUGAUAUUACUAGAACAUGGCCAGUCUCAGGAAAGUUUAGUCCAGCCCAGGAGAAGUUAUAUAAUGGUGUCCUGUCAGUUCAAGUAGCCUGUAUAAACUUGUGUACCGUUCAGUUCUCUUUAGAUCAAGUUUAUCAUGCUAUGUUAACUUUCAUUGGUCAGCAGUUACAGCUGCUAGGAUUGGUUGAACCUAAUCUCCAAACAUCUAAAUUAAUGCAGAAAGUUAAAGAGUUUUGUCCCCACCAUGUGAGUCAUUAUUUAGGAAUGGAUGUUCAUGAUACCGGUGAAAUAUCUCGUAGUAUCAAUCUUCAACCGGGUAUGAUAGUCACAGUCGAACCAGGAAUAUAUAUAAAAGAAUCUGACACAUCAGUACCAGAGGAGUUUCGGGGUAUUGGUAUACGUAUAGAAGAUGAUGUGUUGAUAACAGAGACUAAACCUAUAGUCUUGUCGUCCAGUUGUCCAAAGACAGUAGAAGAUAUUGAAUCUGUUAUGACAUCAUCAUUUGGAUGAUCAUUGUAUUAUUUAAACCCAGAUCAGCUAAUUGUGUGAUAAUGACAAUAAUGAAAAUAAACGUUUAUAUUUUCUUAACAUUUUUGCUUCUUGCUCUGUUCUUAUAAUUUGAAAAACAAAUGCAGCUACGUUUAGAAUUUUUCAUGAAACAUCAAUCAAAGUAAAGGAUUUCCACAACUACGGAAAAAAUGAUUCUGUGUUGAUACAUGAAUAUGGUAUUUAUUUGUACAAGUUUCUGGGUUUCAGUUUGUCUUAGUUUGUGCACAUAUGAUGAUAUUUUACUGGAUAAUCAACUACCUAAAAAACCCAACUGCCAGUUAUGCAUGGGCAAUGGAACCUUAGGUAAAGUCAAGACUGAGUUGCACCCCUUUUCGAAAUAAAUCCCAUAAAAAGUCAUAUGAUUUGUUAACAAAAAAAGUUAAUUUACUAUAUUUAGAAUUGUAUCAUAUUAUUGAUAAACCUGUGUUUUUGUUAUUGACAAGAGGAUACUUGUUGAAAUGUUAUAUACUAAUAAUGAUGCUAGUGAUUGUUAUCCAUAAAGUUGUGUUUGUUUUGUUUUAGUGUUUUUUUAUCACUAAAUGCCUUACACACAG